GGGAGAGGCAAAGAGGGGAGAGACACGGGGGGGUGGGAGGCGACAACUAAGAUUGUGACUAUUGAUUAUCGAUCACCUGCCUGCACAUGGUUUGGACGAGGAGGGUAGGGAGAGCAAGGUGGUCAGCUUGGGAACGAGUUCAAGUUCAUCAAGUUAAUGUUAUUAGGUGUAGCCCUGUGAGCCAUUCGGCUCUUGAAUCGGGUGCAACCGCAACCAACAGAAAACAAAAACAUGAACAAGAAAACAUCUUAAAGUGAGGAGAGCAGCCGGGAGACGGGCGACACAGCGAGGUGUGUCGACAGAGGGGAGGGGGACACGGACAGGGAGACAGGGAGACAGAGACGACAGGCAGGUAGACAGGUAGACUGUGAUACAGACACAGACAGACACAGACAGACAGGCAGGUAGAGACAGGCAGACAGAGACAGGCAGGUAGAGACAGACAGACAGAGACAGACAGACAGAGACAGGCAGACAGAGACAGACAGACAAACAGAGACAGACGACGCGAUGUGGUGUUGGAGUCCGCAGACCCCGCGGGACGACGAGAAGCCGAGCGACGUGAACACGGCGAGCGAGGCGGUCAAGCGGAUGGGCCUGACUCUGGAGGAUGAGGACCUCGCGUUGCUGGUGCGGGGCUCGACGGUGCUCAAGGCAAGCUCCACGGGCCGGCGGGGCCGCCGCGUCAUGUCCUUGCGAGACGACUGCUCGGCCGUGCGGUGCAGCUCCCGCAAGCUCAGCAAACUGCGCAAGCGCCGCACCAUCUUUUCCAUUAGCGACCUGGUCGAGGUGCGCGAGGGCUGCCAGACGGAGACGCCGCGCGCCCUGCCGUCCGGUUCCGGGGCGGCUCCGGGGACCGGCGGAGGCAACAGCAACGGCAACAACAGCGGUGGCGACGGCGCCGGGAGCAGCGGCGAGGAUGGGCGGCAGCCAGCGGCGGUGCCCGGGCGCGUGGACCCUCAGCGCUGCUUCACGCUCGUGUUCCGCGGGCGGCAGGCCAACCUGGACCUGGUGGCGGACAGCGCCGAGGAUGCCCGCCGCUGGGUGCACUGCCUGCGCAGCCUCUCGGAGCACUCGCGCACAAUGGACACCCGGCAAAAGCUCGACACGUGGCUCUACCGUAGCUUCAGGAAGGCCGACAAGAACAAGGAUAACCGGAUGACGUUUGACGAGGUAAAAGACCUCCUCAACACGCUCAAUGUCAACAUGAACGAGGCGGAGGCCAAGAAGCUGUUUGACGAGAGUGACAGCUCGCACACGGGCAACCUGGUGGAGGGCGAGUUCGUGCAGCUGUUCCGGAGGCUGACACGGCGCGAUGACGUGACGACGCUGUUCAAGCGCCUCUCCCCGGACGGGAUAGGGCUGCCCGCCGCUCGGCUCGCCCAGUUCCUGCGGGACGAACAGCACGAGGAGGAUGACAGCGAGCACCGCGCCGCAUGCAUCAUUGCCGAGCACGAACCGUUGGAUGAGGGCCGAAGUGAGGGACUGAUGACGCUGGAUGGUUUCGUGCGCUACCUGACUUCCCCGGACGGCUCCCUGUGGGACCAGCGGCACGACUUGGUCAGCCACGAUAUGACGCAGCCGCUCAGCCACUACUACAUCUCCUCGUCGCACAACACCUACCUCACGGACGACCAGCUCCGCGGGCCCAGCAGCACUGAGGCCUACGUGAAGUCGCUGAUGCGGGGCUGUCGUUGCGUGGAGCUCGACUGCUGGGACGGGGCGGAUGGGGAACCGGUCAUCUACCACGGCUACACGCUCACCUCGCAGAUUUUAUUCCGAGACGUCAUCACCAGCAUCGCCCACGAGGCCUUCAAGGCGUCGGCGUACCCAGUGAUCCUGUCCUUGGAGAACCACUGCAACGUGGAGCAGCAGAUAGUGAUGGCGAGGCACCUGCGCUCCAUCCUGGGCAAGCGGCUCGUUACGGCACCGCUGCCCGGGUGGCCCCCCACUCAGCUGCCCUCCCCAGAGGAGCUGAAGGGGAAGUUUCUCAUCAAGGCCAAAAAGCGGAGCGAGCCUGUGAAGAGCGAGGCUGAAGGCAACGGCGGCGGCGUGCAGAUCGACUCGGCCGGCGCCACGACUGCUCCGAGCGAGCUCACGGGCAGUGACAGCACUGCGGACAAACUGUGCACGGGCAUCGAAGACACCCGGUCUGAGCCAAAGCCAGAGCCACCGCACACCAACAAUCAGCCUGAGACACAGGCUGGAGCCCAUUCAGAACCUCAGCCGGAUCUCCAAUCUGAAACAUGGCUGGAAAGCCAACCACAGCCAGAAAUCCGGCCUGAAACACAUGUCCAGACAGAGGCAAACCCAAGCAGCAUGUGUGCCAAAGAUGAGAGCUGGCCGAGCGAUGCUGCGGUGCUCAACGAAGAGGAAGGGGACAUCCCGUUCAUCGAUGGAGACAAUGAAGUCACGGAUGGAAUUGCAGAUGGGGUCACCGGUGGGGUAACGAACAGGGUCACAAAUGAGAUUAAGGAUAGGGUUGCAACUGAGGUCGCGGUUGAGGUCGUGGAUGAGGUCACGGAUGGGGUCAAAGGGAAGCAGUCAGAAACCAAGGGCAUGGGACUCAGGAGGAGUCUCUUGAUGAAAGUUGACAGCUUAACAAGGCGUUCAUCGGGGUCUGGCAGUGUCAAAUCCUCUGCCAAAGGUCUGGGGCAGGUGUCGGACACCGACAGCGAUGUGUUUGAAGACAGCAAGCCGUCGACGGGAAAGCACAAGUCCUUAAAGGCGGAAAAGUCAAAAAAGAAGGAAGUUUCCAAGGAGCUAUCGGACUGCGUCGUGUACUGCAAUGGGGUGCACUUCGUGGGCCUCGAGAGGGCGCAGAGUCAUCAGAAGGGGAAUGAGAUGUGCUCCUUCUCCGAGACCAAGGCCAUGGGGCUCAUCGAGACACAGGGUAACGCGUUUGUGCGGUACAACAUGCAGCACCUCAGCCGCACCUACCCCAGCGGGACUCGCGUUGGCUCCGGGAACUACAACCCCCACGAGAUGUGGAACGCCGGCUGUCAGAUUGUGGCACUGAACUUCCAGACCCCGGGCAAGGAGAUGGACCUGUACGACGGCCUCUUCCGGCAGAACGGCGGCUGCGGCUAUGUGCUCAAGCCGUCCUGCCUGCGUGAUCCACACACCGACUUCGAUCCCGGGAACCCGGCACGGGGCACGGGCCGCCACCCGGUCAAACUCGCCAUCACCGUGAUUAGUGGGCAGCAACUGCCCAAGGAGAGGAACAGCCGCCGGGGCUCCAUCAUCGACCCGUUAGUGAGCGUGGAGGUCCACGGGGUGCGGGGCGACACAGCUGUGCGGGAGACGCGCCACCAGGAAAACAACGGCCUGAACCCCAUUUGGAAGGAGGAGUUCUCAUUCCAGCUGACUGUGCCCGAACUCGCCCUCAUCCGCUUUGUCGUCAAAGACUACGACGUGACUUCACGGAACGACUUUAUCGGCCAGUUCAGCCUGCCCUUCUCCUGCCUCAGACAGGGCUAUCGCCACGUCCACCUCCUGUCGCUGGAUGGCCGGAGCCUCUUCCCUGCGACUCUGUUCGUCCACAUCCGUAUCACAGAGCUGAAAAAGAUCGAGGGCCUAGAUCAAGGAUUGUAGAUUGUGGGAUGUAGAUUAAGGGGCAUAGAUUGAGGGGUGUAGGUCACGGGUAGUAGUUCUGAGAGGAGUAGAUAACAUGAUGUAGAUCUAGCGGUGUAAUUGAUAGUGAUAGAUCGGCGGAUUUUGAUCAAUGGAGGCGAUAUAGCGGCAUAGACCAAAGGACGUGGAUCAAGGGAUGCUAGCUGAAUCCCUUUAUAUGCAAUUUUGUGUGUGGACAGGGCACACCUGUGUAAGUUCUCAUUAGCCAAACUGUUUUUCUGGAGGCAUGUAAGUCACCUUUUUGGAGUCGGGUACACUGUGUGCAGUCUUUGACAUUUUAAACGUUUUUAUCAUAAAUGUUUAGCAGUUUUAAUAUAGCACAAUGUUAUCCCAGCAGAUUACAUAGUUCUGUUUUUUCUGCAAUAAUUGUGCAUUGUAAAUAGUUUGAAAGUAAAAGGAAAAAAACUUGGAAUCGUUUUUAUGAAAAAAUACAAAUUUUGAUGUAAUAGAAUUGUUGAAGGUGAGCUGCCAAACAGCAAUAGCUUUUAAUUCAACCAAUGUUUACAAUUGCAAUACAAAUUUACACUAAUAUACAGUCAUGAGUACUUCGCUACAAAAUGACGCUCGUAUGAAGCCAUUCUCAUUUCAUUUAUUGUGGGCAGUGAUGUGGCCCAGCAGUAGCGCUUUUGCUGCUUGUUGCAGAGGCUCACGGUUCUAAUCCAGCGGCCACCCUGGUUAUUACUGCAAUAGUAGGCCACUGUGUGCCAGCGUAUGGGUCCAAAUUUGCCAAAUUCGACAAAUUAGUCAAUUGGGAUUAUAAACAAAACAGCAAUCAUCACGCUCCACUGGCAGACUACAUUAACACCAUGGAAAUGAGAACUGGUUAAACAAAGAAACAAUGUUACCGUGUGUUAUAGUUUUUUUUAAAUCAAACUUAAACUAACGAGGUAAUUGGUCACAUGGCCAAAAUACAAUCAUAUGUGGGGUUUUUUAAGUGUAGAAGAGUUGUAAGUGUGGCAGAGUUUUAAUAAAUAGCAGUAGAGACAGGUUACCUCUUUAGAGUCGAUUUCAGCAGAUGCUAAUUGUCAACCUCCAUUUCCAAUAAGUUUAAAUAUAUGCCAGUGAGGCAAUUGUUAUUAAUUGAAACUGUUUUUUAGCAGAAAGGUGGAUUGCAGUCUGAUGUAUCAAUUGAAAGGAAAUAUUGACAAGCACUAUCUUGUGACAUUCAUGUUUUGACUGCUGUAUAGUCUUGAGUCGCUCAUUACUUUUAAACUACACACCAAAGCAAUCCAGACGAUUUUGUAAGACAAAUACCGCAAAAAAUGAUAUUGACACUAUCAUAGAAGAUUUUGCCAAGGUUAUUUGCAUAGUGAUUUUAAUCACUGUUGCAAAAAUACAUUAAGGUUCAAAUCAGGUGGUUCUUACGUAACUACGUUUGAAUUACUGAUACCAUCCUAUAUCGUUAAGCAUGCCAUGGUGCAUACAUUUUAUUAUUACGCCCGCAACGACAUGUCAUGAGAAUAAUUGUUGCCAUGGUAUACAAACUAAACUCAAACGAUAUGUUAAUUUUACAUUUCAGCUCAUGUGGCGAACCAAACUGUACAAACAGGAAAAUAAAGACACGGUAUACAUAUGUGCGGGGGGGACGGACAACUAUAAGCGGCGCGAAACAAUCAAUUCUUGAAUGGAAUGACAACUUAAAUUAAGGGGGGUGUGGGGUGGAGGAGAAACGGGUAAAUUGCCUGCAGCUCAUGGUAUGUUUUUGUGGUGGAAACUGAGAGAUGCCUCAACAGAAUUCUCAUGGGAUUGUCUUUGUAAUUUCUGGAAAAGCAUAGCAACCAUACGUAGUUUCACCUCUGUACUUUUAGAAAGACGUGCUAUCACAAUUUUCACACUGGUCGGUAUAUUAUUACAGACAUUUACCAGGGAUUUUUUUUAAUAUAUAAAACUUUUGUCACUUUUUAUAUGCUGUGGUGCAUUUUAUAAAUACUGAAUUGUUGCAAUACAGCAGAUAACAUUGUUUAUGCCACACUGCUUUGUAUGAAAAAACUCAACUUUAAUAUUGAAGAGGAGCGUCUUAUCUCAAUGGGCCUUACCAAAGAGAAACUGGCUGAAUAUUAAUGAUUGUUUACAUUGCCGAAUUCAGAUUUUUAUGUUUGUGGUCAUCUCUGAUAGAGGCCCUAAAAUAUAAUUGCGUGGCUGAAUUGGUACUGUUAUAAAAACACUUUUAAAUGCUCAUGGCUGUUUUUGAUUAACAUUAAAAGCUUUAUACACUCCUACAAAAUAUACACUUGGAGGAAUUAUUUUGUUGAUUAUUGAAACAGUUUAAGGACCAUUUUUUUACAUUUAUAAUUCACUGGGUUACACGAUAUGCUUUAAUGGGUUUCUAAAUUUUUUUACAACAUAUCAAUUGUAAGAAAUUGUGAAUUUGAUAGAUGUUUUGCAUUUUACACUUUUGAACUGACAUGUAAUAGUGAUACGUAUGUUUCUGCACUACUUUUGAAAGAAGAUUGUUUCUACUUAAUGUUGCGGACGUUUCUGUCACGGCUUUCUUUUUAAGCUGUUUAUCACGUUGGUUUUAAAGCUUUUCCUUUUUAAUAUUACACUACAGUAAUACAUAUCACUGUAAUUGCAAUGUUCUACUUUUGUGUAUUUUCUGUAGCAUUUAAUCUUGAUAUUUUAUAUGUAUCAGAAUGUAAUAUUACUAUGGUACUCCCAUUGUAGCAGUUUCUGCUUUUCAAAAAUGCAAUAAUUGGGAAAUAUGGUUUGUUGCAUUAAAUAUUUUUUUCCCUCUUUGA